UCGACGGCGACGGCGGCCAUCAUGGCGGUGUGUGGCGCGGCGGCUGCGGCGGCAGGAGGAAGGCGCUGGUACUUCAGCCGGGAACAGCUGGCGCGGAGCCCUUCCCGCCGCGCCGGGCUCGACCCGGACAAGGAAUUGUCGUACCGGCAGCAGGCAGCUAACCUGCUCCAGGAUAUGGGCCAACGCCUUAAUGUUUCUCAACUCACUAUCAACACUGCUAUUGUCUAUAUGCAUCGGUUUUACAUGGUUCAGUCUUUUACCCAGUUUCAUCGAAAUUCUGUAGCACCAGCUGCUCUUUUCCUGGCAGCCAAGGUGGAGGAGCAACCUCGAAAGCUGGAACAUGUCAUCAAGGUUGCUCAUGCAUGUCUGCAUCCUCAAGAGGCACCUCCUGAUACACGGAAUGAGGCUUACCUGCAACAAGCCCAAGACCUGGUCAUUCUAGAGAGCAUAAUACUGCAGACCCUGGGGUUUGAAAUCACCAUAGAUCAUCCUCACACUCAUGUGGUGAAAUGCACACAGCUGGUUCGAGCCAGCAAGGAUCUGGCACAGACUUCUUACUUCAUGGCUACCAACAGCCUUCACCUAACCACCUUCAGCCUGCAGUACACCCCUCCCGUUGUGGCCUGCGUCUGCAUCCACUUGGCCUGUAAGUGGUCCAACUGGGAGAUCCCAGUCUCCACGGACGGGAAGCACUGGUGGGAGUACGUUGAUGGCACUGUAACUCUGGAACUCUUGGAUGAACUAACCCACGAAUUCCUGCAGAUCCUUGAGAAAACUCCAAACCGGCUGAAACGAAUCAGGAAUUGGCGGGCUUGCCAAGCAGCCAAGAAGUCAAAGACUGAUGAGCAAGGUGAUGAUGACUGCCUCUCAGAACAGACAAUUCUCAGCAUGAUCUCCAGAAGCGCAUCUGACACAACCAUUGCAGGGUUGAUGAGUAUGUCUACGUCCUCAACUGCAGGAGCCAUGGCUUCACUUCCAGCUACAGCAGGAAACUCUCCAGGAGACCUAGACAAUACCGAUAUGUCAGACAACUGGAUGGCUCAGCACCCGGCACAUAAACCAGAAGUCAGCCACAGAGCUAAUGACAUUUCUGCCAGUGCGGAUCAUCCACAUCAUGACAGCAGCAGUGGCUCCUUCUCUAAACAGAGCAUUAAAAAUGUACCGUUGGCAAAAGUGUCAUUAAAAGAGUACCGAGCGAAACAUGCUGAGGAACUGGCUGCACAGAAACGCCAGCUGGAGAACAUGGAGGCUAACGUUCGCUCUCAGUAUGCCUAUGCUGCUCAGAACUUGCUUGUGCAGCAGCAGCGAGAAAGGGAUGUGCAACAAGAGAAUAACCCAUCUCCUAUUAUCCUGAAAAUACCUUUGGGUGGCAACCCUGAUGGUUCUGAACGGCCUCCCGUUGAAAAGGCUGAUAAACCAUCGUCUGCCCUCAAAGUGCGGCUGCCUGCACCUGCAGAAAAACCUGCUGUUUCUUCUAUCAAGCAAGAGGAAAUAAAAAUGCGCAUCAAGGUGCCUACACCCUUGGAGCGUCACAGUCUGACUGAUGAAAGUAGCACCAAGAACCGGGGGGAGCACAAAGAAAAACACAAGGUCCACACUUCUAACCAUCACCACCAUCACAACCACCACUCUCACAAACAUUCACAUGCACAACCUGUUGCCAGCACCAAACGACCAGGGGACUCCAAGCAUGGUAACCAGAGUGGCAUUGCAUCCCAUAAAGUUGGCUAUAUCCCAACUUGUUCUUCCCGCAAGAGACCACUUUCUGAGGAGGCUUCAACUGUAGCACAUGAACACCAGUCAAAAAUAAGUAAAAGUUCAAAGGGGCCAUUUCCCUUCCCUCAGCAUCCGGGACACAGCUUAGAUGGAGCUGGUUUAUCUUUCACCCAGGGCAGUAAAGCCAGGGGGGCUCACGGAAAACUGGACAAGAGCACUACAGGGGCCAAUGGGCAUAACAUGAACCAGGCAAUUGACUACCAGGAUACAGUGAACAUGCUGCACUCCCUCCUCAGUGCACAGGGCAUGCAACCCACUCAGCCAGCCUCCUUUGACUUUGUACACUCAUAUGGUGAAUACUUGAACCCCAGGGCUACUGCAAGUGUGGAUAAGCCACGGCCACCCCCACUGCCCUCGGAACCUCCCCCUCCCUUGCCUCCACUCCCCAAGUGAUCACCAUUUUUAACUACUGAGUUUGGGCUGUUCUCUGCCAAGGGCAGGUUGCUCAUAGUGUUCUCCACUGCCUUGUGUGAAUGCCCUUUCCCCUUUUUAAAAUGUUUUUUAUUAUUGGUAUGAGAAUGUGGAGCCCUUGAAGCUGUGAAAAGGUAUGCCCAUCUUUCUCCAUGUGCUUCCCCUACUCCCUUCUGGUCCUACUGAAAAAAGAUGGGGAUAUGUUUCCUAUCAGACUGACCUUAACUUGUGAGCUGUUGAAGGUCACAAACCAUCUGGAGACAGCACAGGGCUAUUUAAAUUGUCACAGUCUUUCUCUUAAAGACAUUUUAAAAUAAUUUAAAAUAAGUUAUAUGUUCUUAGUGUUGAUUUUAUUUUUCUAAGGUGGACAAAAGAAAGGAUUAUAGCAGAAGUUGUAAUGGAGGCUGGGUUCUGUCAGCUUAUUCUUUUAAGUGUCUGGCUCUGGUGGAAAUUGCUUCCCUCUAAAUGGAGGCAGAGAAGGUUUGAAAGGAGGGAAAAGGCACAGAAAUUAUAUGAGGAAGGCAUAAACACUGACCAUGAGCAAUAAUGGUCAGAUAAGCGAAGGAGUUUUCCUAGUUUCUCCCCAUCUUGGUUUUUGGUUGCUUACCAGCAGGUGAGUCAAGACAAAUGCAGACCCAUUAUUUCCAAAAAGAAGAAAAAAGGCUUUGGAGAGUUGCUAGCUUUGUUCAGCCCUUUCUGCUGAGCAGGGAGGAUGUAGGAACAUAGCUUUCUUAACCUCUGCCUGCCUGCCUUUGAUCACGCUACUUCCAUUGGGGUGCUCUGUUACUGUGCUUGGCACCUAAAUGCAGUCAUUAGAAUAUAAUGGCUACUUAGGCAUGAAAAAGUUCAAGGGGACUGUGUUAUGAAGUCUGGUGGGACUAGGUGCUCCCAUGGGAACUCUUGAGAGUGCCUUCAAAAAGAAGGGUCACUGCAGCAACCUGUCUUGGGGAAAGUUGGGUAUUUGGGGAAGAUGAGGAGCUGGAAAGGAAAAGCCUAUGUGAAUGUUAGAACAGUAAUCGUGAUUCUGGGAUGCUUUAAAUUGUAUUUAAACUGCAUUAUGGGAUAUGAGAUUUUCAUAUGUUGCUAGAAUUAAAAAAAAGCUUUUCAAAGCAUAUGUAAAGACGACAGGAAAUGGAAUCAGGCAAAUUUGGAUUAGAGAAUAGAUAAAUGAAAAGAGCUGAUAAGAUCUACAUAGAUUUAUGGAAACCUUGUCUGAACAUUUUAAAGAUGUCUGUCAACAGUAUAAAACUGGCCAGCUUAAGCGUGUCCUGAAUUGGUUUGAUGCCUAAUGUGUGGGAAUAGACCCUACUAAAGUUGACUUCAGAGAGGUAUUCCAAUUCAGUGUUGUACAGCAGAAGGCAUAACAUUCUGACCUGAGUCUCUGAUUCUGAGUUUAAAAUUACAUGGGGCUAGUCUUUUAAAGUGGCAGUAUUGUGUUUCUGUAGAUCGCAUCAGAGUGCUUUUCAUUCAAUAAGAUUUAGCCUUGGUUUGCUGCAUCAUAGCAGUUGAAUGGAACACUUGGAGUUGGUAUUCUUAAAUCCAGGCUUUGCUGUUUCUUGAGUUCAGCAAAGAGUUUCAGGGUAUUUUCAUGGCUCUGAAAACACUCCUGAAAUUAAUUUAAGGAGUCAUGUAGUGUGUUCUUCCUUAACCUGGGGCCUCUAGAUAUUUUAGACUACUAGCAGCAGUCUAAAACAGCAUACCUGACCAUUACCCAUACUGACUGGGGCUGAUGGGAGUUGAAAUCUAGAACACCUGGAAGUUUCCAGGUUGGGGAAGACUAGUAUAUUAUAAAAUGUGGUUUUCUUGGCCAGAAUGGAAUAUUUUCUCUGAUGCAUAUCAUUAAAGCUCUGCUCCAGUGUGUUCAGUAGCAGCUAAAAGUUGUGAACAAACAAGGCUAGAAAUGGUUAUGUCUGCAAUCUUGUUUAAGGGAGGUUAAUUGCUGGUGGUUUCAGAGGGUGCAUCAAUUUUAAAACAGCAAAACACACUCAGCUGUGAGUAUCUGUUUGGAUUUCAUUGAUGUGUUUUCUCUGAAAGUAAUUCUUUCCCACCACCUCUGGAUUUAUAAGGCAAUGAUGCCUUAGCUUUGAGGGUUGCAAACUUUGGGCCUGGUUUCACAUUAUCUUUCAGAAACUGUUUCUAAUUCCCAGCUCAUAUUAUUACUAUUCUAAGUUUCAAUAAAUGUACUGUCUCCACA